AUGGACGCAGCCAGUCGCGGCGCUGCAGACCCCUCAUUAUCAUCAUUAUUAUCACCUGGGCAGAGCUCGGGAGGCGGGAAGAGGAGGAGGCGCCGGGCUCCUUCCCCGGCCGCAGCGCAGCGAACCGUCCGACACUCAAGUCGGGUGACAUCUCCUUUCAGGGCGGAGGGGGGGAGGAAGACGGGGGCGAACGAGCCGCCGAGGUCCGCUGACGGAAGAGAGAGGGAGCCCGAGAGCCGCCGCGGAGCAGCUGCUCCCCCGGAUGGUGCUGAGGCUGCUCCCCUCCCAGCGAGCAGGGCGGAUGCUGCCGGGGAACAUCCCCGAUCGCCCUCACCAGCGCCGGCGCGUCGCCCCGGUCUCCGCAUACCCUGCUGCCAAGGCCACCCGGCCGGCGGAGCGUCGUCUCUGACGGAGCGGGAGAGGGAAUCCGCGGAGGAGGAGCGGGAGCCCCCGGAGGGAGGCGGCGCCGGCGCGGGCCGCGGAGCGGGCCUCGGGUUGGGUCUGCGGAGAGAGGGAUGCUCGCAGGCUGAGCCCGGCCACUUCCACCUGCUGAAGACACCGAAAAGGAGCAGAGCCGCGAUGCAAAGCAACACGGAGAGCGGGGCCUCGGCGGAGGCCGCGCGGGGCCAGCCGGGGCCGGGGCCGGGGCUGGAGCCGGGGCCGGCCAUGGGGGCCGCGGCCGUGACACAGCAGGACCAGGCCCUCGAUGAGGAGAUGGAGAGGCUGCUGGAGGAGAACGAGGACCUCAAGUGUGAAAUAGAGGAGAUGAGGACCGAGAUGGAGGAGAUGCGAGACACUUUCUACGAGGAGGACACUUGUCAGCUGCAGGAAAUGAGGCGUGAGUUAGAGAGGGCCAAUAAAAACUGCCGGAUACUGCAGUACCGACUGCGCAAGGCCGAGAGGAAGAGGCUGCGCUACGCCCAGGCCGGAGAGAUCGAUGAGGAGCUGCUCAGGAGUCUGGAGCAGGACCUAAAGGUAGCGAAGGAUGUUUCUGUGAGGCUGCAUCAUGAGCUGGAAAAGGUGGAGGAGAAACGCACGAAGACUGAAGAAGAGAACGAAAAACUGAGACAGAAGCUCAUUGAAGUGGAGGUGUCCAAACAGGCCCUCCAGAAUGAAUUAGACAAAUCCAAAGAGUCUCAAAAGAGAAGAGGAAGCAAGGACAUCCAGAAGACUGACAAGAAAUCAUCACAGACUCCCACCGAGGAGGAUAAUGAUGACCUGAAGUGCCAGCUGGCUUUCAUGAAAGAGGAAGCCGUGCUUAUGAGGAAGAAGGCAGCCACCAUCGAUAAGGAGAAGGAUCGUCUGGAACAGGAGUUGCAGAAGUAUCGCUCCUUCUACGGAGAGCUGGACAGUACCCAUCCUAAAGGGGAGGCCGGGGGUCCCCCGACCACCCGCGAGUCGGAGCUGAAGCUACGACUGCGGCUGGUGGAGGAGGAGGCCAACAUUCUGGGGAGGAAGAUAGUCGAGCUGGAGGUGGAGAAUCGCGGCCUCAGGGCCGAGCUGGACGACCUCCGCGGCGAGGGGGAGGGAGCUGGGAGUUCCGGGUGUGGCGCGAUGGGGGGGUCGGGCGCCGGGCGAGGGUUGGGCGACGACCUGACGGAGCUCCGGCAGCAGCUGCAGCUGGUGGAGGACGAGGCCGAGCUUCUGAGGAGAAACCUGGCAGACGCCGAAGAGCAAAACAAGCGGGUGACCGCCGAGCUCAACAAAUUACGCUUCAAGGCUGGAACUCAUGAGGGAGGCGCCAGGCAUGGAGGAGCUGGAGCCCUGGCAGAUGGAGCCAAAGCAGAAGCUCUGCAGGAGGAGCUGAAAGCGGCAAGGCUGCAGAUUAACGACCUGAGUGGAAAGGUGAUGCAGCUGCAGUACGAGAACCGCGUGCUGCUGUCCAACAUGCAGCGCUACGACCUGGCCUCCCACCUCUCGCUGCGGCCCAGCCCGCGGGACAGCGACGCCGACAGCGACGCCGGGGGGGCCGCCAGCGGCCGGCGUGAGAGCGACGAGGACUCCACCUCCUCUCGCCUGCUCCCGCCGCACCGCAAGCGCGAGGGCCCGGUGGGCGGGGAGAGCGACCCCGACGAGGUGAGGAACACCAACGGCAGCGGCCGCAGCCUGACGCCCACGCGGGGCCUCUACACCCCCCCCGGGCCGGAGGGGGCCGCCUGCUCCGCCCUGGCCCGCUUCCUGCCCGGCGCCCGCUGCAGCCUCCGCGAGAGGCAGCAGAUAAUAGACAUCCGGGCGGAGGCCGAGAGGCUGGUCCGCACCAUCGACAGGCUCAUCGCCGAUACCGCCACCUUCAUCUCAGAGGCGAGGGUCUUCGUUUCCAACGGCGAUCUGAUGUACGGGAGGGGGGGAGAGGAAGGUGGGGAAGAUGACGGGAGCCGGAUCAGGGAGCACGAACUACUGUAUCGCAUUAACGCCCAGAUGAAGGCCUUCAGAAAAGAGCUGCAGGCCUUCAUUGACCGACUGGAAGUGCCCAGGCUGGAGGACAGGCAGACAGAGGAGCCGCUGUCGAUGUUCCAGCCCAUCAUUUUGCUCAUCCUCAUACUUGUGUUAUUCUCAUCCCUCUCCUAUGCCACUAUCUUCAAAUUAGUUGACAUUUGCUGUGCCAUGCUGUUGUUGUCACCUCAAGUGUUUCCAAAGCCAUCAAUCCUUCCCAUCCCUCGCUCCUGCGUCAUGGCGGCCAUCGAUUUGGAGGUGGGGCUGGAGCGCAGCGGGCGGGGAUGGGGGCCAGAGAGGCCAGAUCAGAUGGACAACUUCGACUCAGAGAUGCAGGAGUGGGAGGAUCAGCUGCAGGACAUCCAGCGGAAAAUUGAGGAGCUGUACAACGAAGUUCAGGCCCGCAGGGGAGCAAACGACAGCACCCCCGACAACCAGAAGAAUGCCGGCCCGUUGGAGUGUGGGCUCAGGCACCAUGGCAAUGGCCUUUUUGUGCCCGGCCACCACAGUAUGAAUCAGCCAGGGGACUUAGGUGUGCCUCACCACUAUAGUAAUGGCUGUAACUACACCCCCAGUGGGUGCAGUUACGCCGGAAGUCACCAGAACAGCUAUGGCCACUGCCACUCCAACGGGGUCUCAGAGAUCGGAGACUUGCUGCAGGAUUAUUUGGGCAAGGGGAAACAAAUAAGCAGGAAGAAUAAUGGAGCUCGCCACGUGCACUUCAGCGACACAAUCAAGGUGAGCCCAGACAUCGCUGCGCACCAGGAUGAGAGCAGAAGAAGAGCUAGAAGCCAAAGGCUUGGGCCAGGGCAGGUUUUGAGCAGUUUUGAGGAAACCGAAAACAGGAAGAACCAAGUGUCUCAUGUGAUGAACUCCCUCCACAGAGAGAGCUCCCCCAACAAGGACAACACGGGCUCAAAGCCCCCUCUCGGACAAAGAGAUUCUCCGGCUGUGCAGGUGCGCUCGCAGCUGCCGGUCUCUUCCGCCGAGUCUCCCUCUCUGGACAAGAAGUCCUUCAGUCCAGGAGUCCUGGGAGACAGAAAGUGCGGCAGCCCCUCUGUUCUCAGGAAGUUUGGGGCUAUGCUUCAGGAGAACGAGGGCAAAACGCUCACAGAGUCUGGAGUGGUGAGCCAUCAGGCGCCAGUGCCAGAGGCAAAGUGUCCCACUCCUGGCUGUCAGCGCAGAGCCUUUGGAGCCACUGGAGCAGCCGGCAGGGUGCCCGUGCGUGUGCCCGCUCAGAAAAUCCAACCGGAUUCCGACGUGCUGACAGCAGAGACAGAGGCCAGCCAAGAGUGGGGCUUGGUGUUGGACUCUGGGAGGCAGAGCUACAAGGAUCAAAGAGGAUGCUAUAACAGCCCCAAAGGGUCUCAUUCUGGUCACCAGCAGGCCCAGAGGCGGUCACAGGUUCCAGGGAGCCCAAAGAUGAGACCCAGAGCUAACAGUGGGGCAGAAAGAGACGGGGGCAGGAAGCUCCAACAUGCUGAUUCCAAAAUGGACCACAGGGCCAUAAGUGCCUCCCCAGGAGCUCAGAGGACCCAGAGGGGACAGGAGGCCCCAGGCGGUGGCCAUCUGAGGGAUGAAGGACUCAUUGAGCUGCUGGACAUGCUAGAGAUCCAGCAUGAGUACAGCUCCAGUCCCAGAUCAGGACCCGCUGCCUACAGGCCGGAGCUGCAGCAGGUCAGCCCGGGGGAGGCGUCCCCAGCCAGGCCCCGGAAGAGCUUCUCUCGUCCCGCACGGCCGGCCAACCAGCGACCUCCGUCCAGAUGGGCCAGCCGCACGCCUGCUGCCAGAAUCUCUGCCCCAUCAGGCCCCAUUUACCACCCUCCAAGCCCCCUGUUCCGCCCCCCCAGCCCCAUGUGUAGAACCCCCAGCCCUGCCCUGAAGCACCGGCCCCCUCUCUCCUAUUCUCUUCAGGCUGAGACUGUCAUCAUAGAGGAGUUCCUUGCUGGCGUGGCGGCGUGCUUUGACCCGCCGGCUGGAGUCGUUCACACCGCCGCGCGCUCGCUGAGGAGCGACUGCACCAACACCGCCCCCCCCCUGCUGUGCGGGGCCAGGGGACACACUCACACACUCACAGAUGCAACCGAUACGCUGCUCUCAGGCCGACACGGCGUGGUGGAGCUUGGCACCGCAUGUCCUCCGCUGGCCGGCUGA